AUGCUUACUACUAUUUUAUUAGUUUUGGUUGUGCUUUGGUUGGCCAGAAGUCUUUUAUCAGAUGUAAGUUUAAAUCCAUUCAGUACUAAAGCAAAAGAAGACGAUGUGGUAAUUGAAGGUAAAUUCACUCCUAAAACUUUAGCCAAAUACAAUGGUACUGAUCAUCCUAAGAUAUUUAUGGCAGUUAGAAGAAGAGUAUUUGAUGUUAGUCAAGGUGGAUCAUUCUAUGGACCUGGGGGUCCAUAUGCUAAUUUCGCUGGUAGAGAUGCUUCUCGUGGUUUAGCAUUGAAUUCAUUUGAUUUAGAAUGCUUAACUGAUAUCAAUGAGAAAAUUGAUACUUUACAUAACUUAUCUAGUACUGAAAAGGAAUCAUUGGAUAGUUGGGAAGAACACUUUGAAAAUAAGUAUCCAAUUGUGGGUUCUUUACAUGAAAAUGAUUAG